CAACUCUCAGUUUUAUUACCGAGUGGAGUCGUAAAGUUUUAACUUCAGUUUGAGGGGCACCCACAGAGGUGCGCCCUUCCAAAAAUAGGCGUAUGCCAUUUAAAGCGCCGCGCACACGGUAUUCUUUAGUAAAAGGCGAAAGAAUAGUUCGCUCUGUGCUCAACGCAUGGCUCCGUGCCUUACUCAAGCCAAAGCAGCUUUCUUUUAUACUAGUAAAACUAUAGGCUCUUCUACUCGUUUCCAAUGUGGGACUUCUGGUUACCUUUCAUUCCUCAUAGUUUUAGUUCUAACAGUCCAACUUGCACAAACUUCACCUCAAGAAUUCAGAGGCCAUUCUUCUUCUCCCUCCAACAAAAACCAUCCCUGCUUCUGAGUUCCUCAAUCUGACUGAUUUCACUACAUAAUUGUUUAAUCCAUUCAUCGAAAAGCUUGGUGAUUUAGAUUGCUCUUCCUCUUCUUCCCAGCACAGACCUAAUAGCUUCCUACUCUCUUAUUCUUUUCUUUAACAGCUUUACAUAUCCGUAAGAUUUUAUUCACUUUUCACAUAACCCACAACUUUUAAAUCCUAUUUUACCAUCGAUCUGUUCCAGUCUCAGAGAACAAAUAAUAGACUUUACAGGGUUUAGGGUUUAUUGCGAAGAAGAUGAGUGGAGUAGGAAAGCCGGACUUUUUCUACAGAGAAGCUCAGCGCCUGGGUUAUGUAGCUCGCUCCGCCUUCAAGCUGCUUCAGAUACAGAAGCAGUACAAGCUCAUAACACCAGGCUCCUCCGUUCUGGACCUUGGUUGUGCUCCUGGUGCUUGGCUUCAGGUGGCUUGUCAGAGCUUGGGUCCUAUUAAAAAUGGUGGCCUUGUUGUUGGGAUUGAUCUCAAGAAGGUGAAGGUUCCAGCUAUGCAUUGUGAUUCAAGGGUUCAAACUGUUUGUGCUGAUGUUAUGAAGCUCCCUAAAACCUCAGUCAGGGAACUUUCUCCUCAGAAAGGGUUUUCUGUGAUACUCUCAGAUAUGUGUCCCCUCGUUUCUGGGAUAGCAAGUAAAGAUGCAGCUUUAUCCCUCGAGUUAGGUAUGCAAGCACUGGAUUUGGCUGUAGGUGGAGCAGCAUUAGCUAAUUCCAACAAUGAAACUCAAGUGGAAGGAAGUCUUGGUGGAGCAAUUACAAGUUCAGAUGUUAAUGGUGUAUUGAAAAGGGGUGGUCAUCUUGUCAUAAAACUUUUAGAGAGUGAAGAUGUGCAAGGUUUAGCUUGUCCUAAACCUUUUUUUAAAAACAGGUAUCUCAUUGCACCUCUGUUUGGAUUUGUUGUUAACUGCUUUCUUGUUAUGUGUUCUGUAGAUUUCAACCGCAUUUGCAAACCACUGUUUAGAAAGGCAUCAUUGUUGAGGCCUAAAGCUACAAGAUCAUCAUCAAGAGAGAUUUAUUUGAUAUGUCAAGGUCUGCAGUCACAAGCAAGAACAUAGAAGCAAGAAUGUACCCCAAUUGCAAGUGCAACAGAUUGAACCAGAUCAAUUUAGCAGGAAAUUGCAGUUAUCUGCAAUUAUUUAUUUCUCAGAUUGUAGUCGAGUCUCAAAUCAUGGUUUGUUUGUUCAUUAAGCUGGCCAACUUCAGCUAUUCUUGUAAAGUUUUUGCUCAAAUUGGAUAUGUUACUGAAGAAUGCAUGGCUUGCAUUAUGGUUUUGACUAUGAAGGCUACAAGUUUAUUCCCUUUAGCGAUGCAAAGACUGGCUCUCUUUGAUCUUUAAAAAAGAAUCAACUUAAU